GGGGGCUGUUGCGGGGAGGUUGGGAAGGUGAAGAACGCCCUGGCUCUUCCAUCAUGUCGACCAACAGGGCAGAACUGAAGAAAACCAACUCGAAAAAGAACUACAAAGCAGUUUGCUUGGAACCAAAGCCAGAGAUAACACAAAUAUAUGAUUACAAAGGAUUUAAACCAGAAGGGCUACUCAUCAAAAAAGGGAUGACACAAGAGCUGAAGAAUGAACUCAGGGAGGUGAGAAAAGAACUCAAGGAAAAAAUGGAAGAGAUAAAACAGAUAAAGGAUAUAAUGGACAAAGAUUUUGAUAAGCUUCAUGAAUUUGUGGAAAUUAUGAAGGAAAUGCAGAAGGAUAUGGAUGAAAAGAUGGAUGUUUUAAUAAAUAUACAGAAGAGCAACAAGCUUCCCCUUCCAGAACAACCAAAGGAGCAGCAGGAACUCGGGCAGACAGGAAAGACAGACAAAGAUCCUCAGCUCAGAAUCAAGAAAAUGGAAGAGCCUGAUGGAGCACCAUUGACUGAUGACAAGAUGAUGUCACAAAAAACAAAGAAUAACCCACUGGAUUCCCUUCAGUCAUGUCAGAGUUGCUGCGAGAAAUGUUUGUUGUGUGCCCUAAAGACCAACUGCCAUCAGGGGAGACCUUCACACCACGCCUGGGCGCCCUUCUCACCUUUGUCAUCUGGAGCUGCUUUCUGAUUUACCUGUACUUCAACCCCGACGAGAUGGAAUAUGUGCUCCCCACCUAGCACAUGGAGCCCUCCAGCAGCUCUGGCCCAUCCUCUCUGUGGGCUGCACAGCAGGGUCUUCUGCCCAUCCCCGCCCCUGCCCAGGCU